AUGAAAAUAAAUCUUGAAGGAUUACAAACAUGGUAUAAAACUAGGUGGAGUUCAUUAUAUAUGACAACAGAUUCAAUUUUACGUGCUCGUCCAGUUUUUGAUUGGAUUUUAUUAGAACAUAGAAAUAUUAUUACAAAUUCUGAUGUAUAUAACUUAAUGCAAAAUGAGAAAUUUUUUACAAGUUGUUAUCAGAUUCGUUCAAUUUGGGCUUCCAUACAAGAAUGUAUUAAUAUUCUUGAAGCAAGGUCAGCUUCUUUAGCUGAUUACUUCAUACAGAUGAUUAAAUUAGCGGUUUCUAUAUUUCAACUUCCUUCUUCAAAUCCUUAUAAAACAAAUGCCAUUCAAAUAUUUAAUUAUCGUUAUCUUGAAUUUCAACAUCCUGCUUAUCUUUUAUAUUAUUAUCUUCAUCCUUAUUAUCGAGGUAUGGGACUUCGUAAUGAAGCAUUCAAAGAGGCUGCAAUUGCUGCUUCAACUCUUUGGCAAAAUUUAGCAAGUAGCGAACAAAAUUUCUCUAUACUUAAAUGGAUGAUUGGAGAUAGGCGUACAAGACUUGGUGUUAAAAAGCUUGAAAGUAUGGCAAAAAUACGUUCUUAUUAUUUAACAAAUAUUAAGAAUGAGUUAUCUUUUUAUGGAAAGGAAUUAAAUGAAGCAGAAUUAAGAGAAGUUGUAAAUAUUUCUACAGUUGGUGAAGUUAUGAUAUUGGAUGAAGACAAACAAGACGAAUAUGAUGAUGCCGAUGAUUUGAUAUUAGAAAAACAAAAUACUACUUUAAUAUUGGAAGAAAUUGUUGAUUUUACACAACCAUUACAACCAUUCUUUAAUAAUAAUAUAGAGAGCGAUGUUUAUGUAGAUGGAAAUAAUGUAGGUGAAAGAGAAGUCGGAAAUAUGGAUUUUGAUCCUACUUCUUUAGUUGAUCAAAUUUUGGACAUUAUAUAA